CCAAUGUGUUGAGAUAAUACAAGCAGUUCAGAUAACUGAUUCAAAACGUGGUCUAUCUAUUUAUAGAUUCGAGCCCGUGGCUCUUUUAAAGUAGUUAAUUUAAUGCUUUCUAAAUGAUAUUUACUAGGGAUAAGAGACUACAAAGGCCUUGGUUUCCUUAAAACUUCACCCAGUUGUGUGGAUAAAGUAAUUCCGAAAGGUUCACCUCGCCGAUCGCCAGAUUGGAUUACAACUGAGUUUAAUUGCAUGAAAAAUUGUCAAUUCCAGUGUUUAAAUGCACUGUGGGAAAACCAUGGCAAAAGUUAUAAUCGUCGGAGCUGGCGCUUCUGGAAUUGCUUGUGCUACAAGACUGAUCGCAAAAGGUUUCGAUGUGACGAUUUUGGAAGCUGAAAACCGAAUUGGCGGAAGAAUUCACUCAGUUCAUUUUGGAGGCACUAAUGUGGACUUGGGGGCGCAAUGGAUUCACGGGGAAAAAGGAAAUGUCGUCUACGAAAUGGUUGAAAACCUAAACCUAACUGAUUACCCGAAAAGUUCCACGUACUCAAACAUGUCGUUUUUUACUUCGACUGGAACAAUGUUGGAUACAAAAUUGACUAAUCAGCUUUAUGAGAUUGUGGAAAACAUUCUGGAAGAGUCUGAUUUGGCAUCGGAACAUAAAGGAACCCUAAGAGAAUAUUUCGAUUCAAAGUACACUAAACAAGUCAAUGCAAAACUCGGCAACGAAAAUAAAGAGCUGCUAAAUGCUGCGGAGUUCAUCAGGAACUGGUUUAGUAAGUUCUAUUUGUGCAUGGAUCCUGCCGAGGAUUUAGCGCAAGUAUCAGUUAAUAGCCUGGUGAAAUACCGGGAAUGCGAAGGAAACCAUCUAGUCCAUUGGAAGACCAAUGGAUUCGCAAGUUUCUUCAACGUUUUACUCGAAAACAAUCCAAAAUCAUUCUUAACUGAGCACGUGUUGCUUAAUAAGGAAGUCAUCAAAAUCGUUUGGGACCAAACUGGGGAUUCCAAAGACAGGGGAAAAGUGAAACUGUUCUGUGCAGACUCAAGUCGCUUCACUGCCGACCAUGUGAUAUUAACAGUUUCAAUAGGAGUUUUGAAAGAAACCUACCAGACCUUAUUCAAACCCAGUCUCCCAUUGUGCAAAAUUAACUGCCUCGAAACCAUUCCAAUGGGCACCUGCCAAAAAAUCAUCAUCAAAUUCCCCAACAAAUGGUGGCCGGAUGAAGUCAAGGACUUUAGCUUCGUUUGGACAGAUGAAGACAAGAAAACCUUGCCCAAAGAAUUUCCUUUUGGACCCAUCAGGAAUGAGAGAUCUUGGCUGGAAGACAUUUUCGGAUUUUACACUGUUGAUAGCGACCCGAACAUUCUUCUCGGCUGGCUAGUAGGAUCAAUGGUAAAAGAAGUCGAGCUCCUUUCAGACGAGCUCUUAAUGAACGCUUCACUGUUUCUACUGAGGAAAUUUGCCGGCGAAAUUUACAAAAUCAGCGAGCCAUCUGAAAUUAUACGGUCCAAAUGGGGCACAAACCCGCAUUUUUUGGGAACCUACUCAUACGUCGGGGUGGAAAUGGAAGCACGUGAAGCCACUCGGGAAGACUUGGCCAAACCUCUUGUAGUGGAUGGAAAGGAAGUUGUGCUAUUUGCAGGUGAAGCCACGCAUUCUUGCUACUUUUCCACUGUUCAUGGGGCAGUCGAAAGCGGCUGGAGAGAAGCGGAUAGACUGAUCGAAAGGUCUUACAAAUCCAGACGCCAUAAGGUAGUCAUAGUUGGAGCUGGAAUAGCUGGUCUGGCCGCCGCAACUAAACUGCUCGAGAAUAAAAUUGACGACUUUCUGCUACUGGAAGCUCAAGAAGAAGCUGGCGGCCGCAUCAAAACCGUUCAAAUUGGAAACAAACCCAUCGAUUUGGGGGCACAGUGGAUGCAUGGCAAAAGCAACCCAUUGUACGACUUGGCAAAAGAAAAGCAACUUAUUUCAGACGAAAUGUCCGAGGAAGGGUUGGGCCUGUACGUGAGAAGCAACGGGAAAAUCGUGGAUAAAUUCAUGGUGGACAAAGUGGCCUUUAAAGUGGGCCAGAUUCUGGAAGGCUGCUCGAAAUUAGUCAGUGAAAAUAGUGGCUGCACUGCUUUGGGAACCAUUCUUGAGCAGCAUUUUUUCCGGUAUCUAGAGGAACACGUUCCUGAUGAGAGCGAAGCUGAAGUUAUGAAGGAGCUUUAUGACUGGCAUGUGAGGUUUCAAGUCAUCGACAACUCCUGCAAGGAUUUAUCGAAACUGAGCGCGAAAAGGUGGGCUGAUUAUGUUUGCCUUGAUGAUGAAGCCCACGCCAAUAUGAAACAUGGGUAUCAAUCGCUAGUUCAACUCCUUCUGGAUGGUCUUCCGGACAACCAGGUGAAGUUCAACACGGAAGUCACUAAAAUCAGUUUCUCUCCGCAAUCGGAGAUCAAACUAGAUCUUCUGGCCGGUGGUUCGAUAGUGUGCGAGCAUUUGAUUUUAACGCCCUCCUUAGGGGUGCUCAAGGAGUUCCAGGGGCUUUCCAAUGUUCUACCCGAGUCCUUAAUGGUAAAUAUUGCCAAUAUGGGCUUUGCCAGUAUAUGCAAAGUGUAUUUAUUUUACGACCGCAAAUGGUGGGGAGACUCCCAGGGGUUCCAACUGCUCUGGAGCAGCGAUCACAAUGCGACUUGGCAAAGACACAUCACUGGGUUCGAUGAAGUUUUCAAUCACGAGAACACUUUGAUGACCUGGGUGGGUGGAGAUUCUGUGCGAGAAGUGGAACGUCUGCCUGCAGAAGAAGUCGGAAAACAGUGUACUGAACUACUGAGGACUUUCCUGCCCAACUAUUCCGUGCCGGAACCAAUGGAAGUUAUUCGAACCCAGUGGCUUUCCAACCCGUUCAUCAAAGGCAGUUAUUCCCACAUAACUCCCGAAUGUGACGAUUGCAAUGCGGGAAUAAACGCCUUAAAACAGCCGGUGCUGGUAGACGGGGUUCCGAGGAUUCUUUUGGCUGGGGAGGCAAUUCACUCAUCGCAUUAUUCAACCACCCACGGAGCGUACGAAUCUGGAUUAGACCAAGCGCAAGUUUUAUGUGAUUUUCUUUUGGAAAACAAGCCUGCUAUUUAGUUGCAUAUUUUUAAGACUGAAUGCCUGCGAAGUUUUAAGUUAUUAAAACUAGACAUAUUUAUGCCAAUGAACACGGAAAACCAUUAACCUUUCACUUUUUAUGCGCUAAAAUGCAAUGUUCUAUGUUAUAUUGCGUUCGCAUUCACAUUUCCAGCGCUCUUAGAUAUUUUUUCAACAACUAGUAUUAUUUGUGGGAUUUUUGGCGAUUUAAUUGGUUUGGUUGGUUUUAAUCCCAAAAAACAUUUGCAAGUGUAUAUAAAACA